CGAUCGAUAUGUCCUCACAGAAAGCACUUUUUCUGCAGGGACCGCAGGGCUCAUUCGUAGUGGGCGAUAAGCCAGUCCCCUCGCCUGGCGAGGGUGAUUUGCUCAUCAAGGUGGAUGCAGCUGCUCUCAACCCUCUGGACUGGAAGAUACAGAAGGGGUUUACUGGGUUUGUGGACGACUUCCCUGCCGUUCUCGGGGCGGAUCUAGCGGGUACUGUGGUAGAGGUCGGCGAGGGAGUGACUCACUUCGCAAAGGGAGACAGGGUGAUCACUCAAGGUGCAUACACGCCAGACAGGGCUGGAUAUCAACAAUAUGCGCUCGCAGUGGGAGAAUUCAGUGCUAAGCUCCCUCCUCAGAUUUCCUUCGAUGAAGGUGCUUCUAUACCUAGUGCUGCCUUGGCUGCUGGAUUUGGGCUCUACUUGGAUGUCAAUGAGUCGGGCCCUGGAGGCGCCGGUCUGACCCCUCCAUGGGAGGCCGGAGGACCGGGGAAAUACUCUGGAAAACCCAUCCUGAUCCUGGGAGGAGCGUCUUCUCUAGGACAGCUUGCCAUACAAUUUGCGAAGUUAUCGGGAUUCUCCCCUAUCAUCGUCACCGCAUCACCCCGCAACGAAUCCCUGCUCAAGUCCCUCGGCGCCACGCAUGUGAUCGACAGGAGCCUGCAAACGGAGGCCCUCCGCUCGGCCUUGUCAGCGGCCACGACAGCCCCUAUUGACCUCAUAUUUGAUGCAGUGAGCCUGAGCGAGACACAGCAAGCCGCCUAUGAUCUGUUAUCGCCGGGCGGGACCCUCGCACUUACGCUCCCGCCCACAAUCAAUGUCGAUUCGCAAGCGCGCAAGAGAGUAUUCUUCAUUCGCGGUAUCGCGCACAUCCCUGAAUUGAGGAAGGACGCUGCGAACUUCUUCGCGGCGCUCGAGGGCCUGCUGGCAAAUGGGCACAUCAAGCCGAACCCCGUUCGGGUGCUUCCAGACGGCUUGAAGGGAGUAGCGGCAGGACUGAAAGAGCUGGAAGAAGGUCGGGUGAGCGGGCAGAAGUUGGUUGCGCGUCCUCACGAGACUCCGGUCUGAGGUCGAGAGAGAGAAAGAAAUCUGCACCAGAAAACUUGUGGCAGGAGAUCCAGGUUAGUUAUUGUAUUGUUCAAGUCGCCCUUUUUACAGCGCCAUGUCCCUUGUGAGGCAUCCCAUCUCACAACCCCCGGCAAUGGCCAGCGUCUAAACCACAGUUUAGGAACAUGAAUAUAGAACGAUAUUAAUGCCACAGCUUCACCGCAUGCACAGAGGUCAUGCUAACGUCGUGUGCAGCCCACCUAAAACCUAUUCAUCCUCUCGGCCCACCUUGCAUUCCUCCAGCGAUCCAGCUCACCGACAUU